AUGAAAUUUCAAAUAAUUACGAGCUUGACGGCUCUUUACCUCACAGUUCUAACUGUUGCACAAUUCACAUCUCCACAGUACUUGAAAUCACCCAUUGGUGGUCGGUUGACUACGGAUGAUAAAUGGAGCAAAGCUUAUGACCGUGCACGAAGCGUUGUUUCACAGAUGACAAUUCCUGAAAAGGUGAAUUUGACUACAGGUUCAGGCUGGGAAGCUGACUUAUGUGUCGGAAACACUGGUUCGGUACCUCGAUUUAAUAUUCCAUCGUUAUGUAUGCAGGAUGGUCCUCUAGGUGUGCGUUUUACCGAUUUUAUUUCAGCUUUCCCUGCAGGAAUCACUGCUGGUGCUUCAUUUAACAAGGAAUUGAUUGCAUUUCGCGGAAAGGCUUUGGCUCUUGAACACAAGGCCAAAGGAGUGCAUGUGGUACUAGGUCCAGCAGUUGGACCUCUUGGUCGUAAUGCUCUUGGUGGCAGAACAUGGGAAGGUUUUGGUGCGGAUCCAUACCUACAGGGUGUGGCUGCUCGAGCGACUACACGUGAAAUUCAAAAAGCUGGGCUGGUGGCCACCAUUAAACAUUUUAUUGGUAAUGAACAAGAACACUUUAGGCAGGUUGGCGAGUACUAUGGAAGUGGACCAAUUUCUCAAUCUCUUAGCAGCAACAUUGAUGACCGUACUAUGCAUGAGAUUUAUAUGUGGCCGUUUGCCGAUGUUGUGAAUGAAGGUGUGGGCUCAGUAAUGUGCUCAUACAAUACUAUCAACAAUACAUAUGCGUGCGAAAACUCAUACUUGAUUAAUAAGCUUCUUAAAGAAGAGCUUGGAUUUCAAGGUUUUGUCAUGUCUGACUGGUGGGCCAUGAAGACGGGUAUCUUUUCUGCACAGGCUGGUUUGGAUAUGGCUAUGCCUGGUGACUCUGGGUAUUUUACAAGUCCGGACACAUUUUGGGGUAAUCGUUUGACGCGUGCCGUGCUGGACGGGUCUCUGGGUGACUGGCGUUUGGAUGACAUGGCUGUGCGUAUUUUGGCAGCAUACUAUUAUGUGGGACUGGAUAGUAUCAAUACAACGCAGAGUGGUCCCAACUUUUCUUCUUGGACCAAGGAUACUUGGGGGUUUGAGCAUCCGCUUGGUAAUGUUGGCUGGCGCGAAGUGAAUAAGCAUGUGGUUGCUAGCAAUAACGAUUUGUCAAAAUCAGCAGCAUUACAAGUUGCAACUGAAGGUAUUGUGUUGCUUAAAAAUAGUGGUAAUGUGUUGCCACUUGUUGGUGGAAGUCUUAAUCCGCGCAAGAUUAACAUUUUUGGCAAGGCUGCGGGUCCCGAUCCACGGGGGGCCAAUUGCAAGCCUGACUUUGCAUGCAGCGAUGGUGCUCUUGGUCAAGGAUGGGGGUCUGGUGCCGUUGACUUUCAGCACUUUGUGACGCCUUUUGAAGCAGUGAAUGAUGCUGCACGCAAAAUUGGCAUGACAGUUGACUAUGACUUUACGGCGUUUAAUUUGGAUGGGUUUCUAAGCAAGGUUUCUAUUGCAGAUGCCAAUAUUAUUUUUGCUCUUACUAAUGCUGGCGAAGGGUUUGCGAGUUUUGAUAGCAAUUAUGGUGAUCGCAGAAACGCGUCUUUAUGGCAUAAUGCGGACGAGGUGAUUUUGCGUGCAGCAGAAAAAAACAAAAACAAUAUUGUGGUAAUUUCUUCUGUGGGCCCGACCAAUUUGGAACGCUGGAUUGAUCAUCCCAAUAUUAAGGCUGUACUAUUUGCACUUCCGGGUGGACAAGAUGCUGGCAUUGCAGUUGCCAAUGUACUCUUUGGCUUGAGCAAUCCCAGUGGUAAGCUUCCGUUUACCAUUGCUCGCGAUGACAAGGAUUAUAUACCUAUAGUGACUAGCCCCGGUAAUGGCAAGCCGCAGGCCGACUUUACCGAGGGAAUUUAUGUCGACUAUAGACUCUUUGACAAGAAUGGGUUGACACCACGGUACGAGUUUGGCUAUGGGUUGUCUUACUCGUCAUUUGGAUUGUCUGACUUCAAGAUUGAAUCUGGAACAGCACCUUCGGAACAGUUGCCGCAGCCUCCUUCUCUCAAGCCUGUGUCAGCUUUGGCUUGCAACAAGCCCACUAAUGCAGAUGCUUAUACGUUUCCUCCAGGAUUUGCCGCAGUGCCGCGGUACAUUUACCCUUGGUUGAGCAAUUCUGGAGACGUUGGAAAUGUCAAGGGUAGUUGUAUCAAUGUGACUGAUGCCAUUUCUAGUGCUCCGCUUGCUGGAGGUGGCUUAGGUGGAAACCCGGCUUUGUUUGAGACUGCAUAUACACUGAGUGUGACUGCUGUGAAUAAUGGUCCUUUUCCCGGCAGCCAGGCUUUCCAGCUCUAUGUCGAGUAUCCGCAGGGCGGCAAAUAUGAUGUACCACCUAGACAGCUUCGAGGGUUUGAGAAGCCAUAUUUGAACGUGGGACAGUCGGCUAAGCUUACUUUUAAAGUACAGCGCAGAGAUUUAAGUGUAUGGGAUGUGGAAAGCCAAAGCUGGGUUGUUCCUCGAGGAAAGUAUCGAUUCCUUGUGGGCAAUAGCAGCCGAGACUUGCCAUUGUCGGCAGAAAUUACAAUUUAA